AUAAAAAUGUCAUCGUUCUUAUUUGUAUUAACUAUGAAAUAUUAAAUUAUUUUAACGUAAAUAUACUGAUUUACUAAUUCAACUUACACUCAUCAAAACCCACUAACACAUACUUAUGAUUGCUGUGAAUGACGAAUUAUAAAUAUCUCUAUGUUUCUAACACAUGGUUGGUUGUACUCAGGUUGCUUGGAUUAAAGCAGAUACGAAGGCUAUAUUAGCUAUCCACGAACAUGUUAUCACGAACAACGAAAGGUUGUCCGUCACGCACAACGAUUAUAACACAUGGACAUUAAAUGUUAGGACAGUUCGGAGAGAAGAUAGAGGCACUUAUAUGUGUCAAGUCAAUACAGACCCAAUGAAAAGCCAAAGUGCUUUUCUAGAAGUAGUUAUACCACCAGACAUCGUAUAUGAAGACACGUCCGGAGAUAUGAUGAUCCCUGAAGGUGGUUCAGCUAAAUUGAUUUGCAAAGCUCGAGGAUAUCCUGAACCAAAGAUACUAUGGAGAAGAGAAGAUGGAGGAGAUAUUAUUGUUAGAACUGGAACUACAGUAAAAACUAAAAUGACAUCAGUUGAAGGGGAAUCAUUACUUUUAUCAAAAGUGACAAGAUCAGAAAUGGGUGCAUACCUUUGCAUUGCGGCCAACGGUGUACCCCCAUCGGUUAGCAAAAGACUGAUGCUUCACGUUCAUUUCCAUCCAUUGGUUCAAGUUCCAAAUCAACUAGUGGGAGCACCUCAGAAAACGGACAUCACACUUCAAUGCUAUGUUGAAGCGUCGCCAAAGUCAAUCAAUUAUUGGACGAGAGAAUCGGGAGAGAUGAUAAUUUCAAAUGACAAGUACAAUAUGACAGAAUUAACAGUUUCGUAUUACAGUGCUCAGAUGAAACUGACAAUUAGGAAACUUAAAAAAUCAGAUUUAGGAGGAUACAAAUGCAUAUCGAAAAAUUCAAUUGGAGAAGCCGAAGGAAAUAUUAGGGUAUAUGAAAUGGAUUUAUCUAAGCCCAGAACACCUAGCGAAGACGAUGAAGAUAAUGCUAUAAAUAAAUUUGAUUCUGAAGAAGACGAUUAUGAAAAUAGAAACACGGGACGCAAUUCUUCAAGCAAUUCACCAGCACUCAAAGAUCAAUCUCACCGUUUACCUAGAUCAUCUUCAAACAUAAUACGAUACAUCAACUCUGUUAUGUUAAUACCGAUAUUAAUGCUAAUUAAAUACUGAACUGUUAUAUUGUAUUCAUAUUAAAGUAAACAAAUUAUCGGAGGUUGGCCUAUUCCAUUUAGACUAUAAUACGCAUCAUCAUACUAUCCACACUACCUAUAUGGGUACCUAAUAUUGUAUUAUGUGUAUUGUGUAGGUAUACAUUUUUCAUUUGUAUUCUUCCUACUAAUAGUAUCCCACCAAAACACGAUACGAAACUACCGGUAUGUAUACGAGAAAUAAUCAUAUUAAAAAAAUAUAUUAUAAUAUAAACGUGUACUUGGAUACAGCGAUUCUGUUGGUGAACUUGGUCAAAGGAUAUAGGUUCCUACCAAGGUACAUAUCUUUUGAUGGUAUUAAUAUGGCUGAACCAAGGACAACUGAUUAAAAAAAAUAAACCAAAGGCCUAGUAUAACUAAUAAGUAAUAACUUUCAACACGUUUCAAAAAUAUUGUAAUUUGUAUAUAUUAUUUGUUUAUGGAUCAAUACAUUUUGUAGUAAUUUCAGCUAUACAAAUUUUGAAACGUACUUCUAAAGUACGUUAUUUAUAAUUACGAUGUGCUUACCAUCAAACUAUUGUAAGUAGGUACCUACCUAUAUUAUAUUAUAUUUUAAUUUGUAAAUAAUACCUACCUCCUGUCAUCGCUCAACCUCCGCCUGUUUACAAUGUUAUAAUACGAGUUAAGACUAUAUUUACGCAAAUUAAUAAGAAUCAAAUAUUAUUCUCUAUGAGGUAUACAAUAAAUUAUUAUGUUGUUAAUGAAUUUAUCACAUUGGAUGUUCUAUCGUAAAUGAAUGUAAAAUAUUUACCACAAUAUGUAAAUAAACUUAGUUAAAUUAAAUA